CCGUCACCAUCAGUUACCAUAGAAACCACUACACAAACCAUACCUGGGCUACGUUUACCAGGUCAAACACCAAAGGUAGCUUUAAGGUUUUAUCUUAUCAGUACACAAAAGGCUAUCAGUAUGUCUUAUGUGAAACCUUAUCGCUCAAAUAGACUCGGAAACUGGUAUGAGGACCAGCGCUUGUAUGAGGAUGCAAAGAAAGAGUAUCUGGAGAAAAAAGAGAGGGGUGAGCUUGCUGGCCAGAAAGUAGACUUCCUCAAACAGCACAUUUUGAGACCGGUGAAUCUCACUGUGACAAAUGAUGGAAGAUUGCACUUUGGGGAUGUUGUGAUGUUGGUGAACAUGGGAGGAGAAAACAGAGAGAGCAGUGCAGUGAGCAUUAACACAGACAUUAACGGCUUGACGAAGAGUCCUUCGCCUGGCAUUCAAGCCCCAUGUGGAAUCAGUGCAGGAAGAGCUAUUCAGGCCUGCACACGCACUGCCUUCAUCAUUACCAGUGUAGAUGGCAGUCCUGAAGGGUCGACUCUGCAUUUUGAGCAAAGUUUUGCCCUGAAAACAACAAGUGGCUUUGCCAGGGGAUUAUACUUGUCGAGCGACCUGCAAACUUUUCACAAGAGUGCAAAGAAGUCCUUCCUACAAGAAGUAAACUUAGAGGACGGUGGGUGCUUUCUGUCAUGGUGGAAGAUAGUGCACUUUGACCCUCAGGAGAGGCUUGAAUACGAGGGUCAUCCUGUUCCUGCUAAUGUGAAGGUGCUGAUCAUACACUGCAAGACAAACCAGGCUCUCGCUGUCCUGGGUGAUAAAGUCUUGUGGACUACAUAUGGCAAAGAGUAUGAGGUGACUGCCCACACCUUCUUGGAUUCCCAUAAAGCUGAGCAGGACAAUAACCACUGGAUACUGUGCACCGCCGACCCUUCAGGAAACGGCCUUGUACUUUUCAACCACCUACAGUCAGCGGCUGACAAGGAGGAGCUCACACAAGCAAACCCUGGGAUCUAAAUCUAACACGUUCCUCUCUCAUAACUACUUAAUGUUAACAAAUAGGACCACAUGAUUAACAAUCAUGUUUAAUAGUUCGAUAGAUACCACAUGAAUCAUGUGGUAUCUAUCGAACUAUUAAACAUUUUUAAAAUAAAUGGGUUUUUUUCCUCCU